AGACGGACGAUAACUCAUCAGUAGCUUAAUCCUCUGAAAGGCGAAAGUUGCGCAUUGUCUUAUUGUCAGAACUCUGAAAGGAAGGUGUGGCACAUCAAUUCGUGUGGUGCCCGGGAAUAUAAUUUAACUCUUUUCAGCGAUGUACUCUAAAAAUGCAGAACCACAUUUCGAAUGCCUUCCGUCUCAGGGCUGCUCUCAGUUCUGUUGUUGGUGCUGACGUUCCCGGGUCGGGGAGGCUCUUCUCCGCUCAAACCCAUCUGCGACAUCAACGUUCUGGACCGCUUCAUCAUGGAGGCCAGGGACACUGAGGCUGCCAUGCGAAGCUGUAAAGAGGGUUGUGGUCUGAUGGGAACGUAUGUCCUUCCGUUGGUGAGGGUCGACUUUAACGUUUGGGAGAGCAAAGAUACUCAGGAGCAGGCGAUGGAAGUUGAAACAGGCUUGAGUCUCUUGACUCAGACCGUAAGUGCUGUUAGACAGUCAGUGACCAACGUUCGUCUGCAGGACCUGCUGGACAACACAAUGAGCAACAUCCUCAGCGUCAGACGCAUUCUCCGCAGCCUACAAUUACGGGAACAAUCUCCCUCUGUCUCCAGAGGUCACACUGAGGCCGUGACACAGGAAGUUUCAACGCUGUCCGAGCUCCUGCAUGUUCACACGAACUUCUUGCGUGGAAAAGUCCGUCUCCUGGUCGUAGGAGCCCCAGUUUGUCAGAAGACCAGCAGCUGACUGGGACAUAGGAGGAAGGAUGUGGCACACAACAGCGUGAAGAGUCAAAAGGAAUAAACGGGACAAAUUAUAGACACUAUUUAAACUGCUCAACAAGCUCGAAGUAUAUGGAGAGCGUUACACAUCAACAGAGCGAGACAGUGAAAUUAGUAUGUUUCUCUAUAUUUAACAUUUGAUAUAAUUUAUGAAUUGCCUUUUUUUUAAACUCAUAUUUGUUUUUUUUUUCUAUGGGAUAUGUGAAUUGCUUUGUUUGUUUGCUCUGAGUAUGUUAUCGUGUUCUUGUUUAAGAACGGUUUGUGUCCUAUUUUUUUUUUUUUUUUGAAUGGAAUUCAUAUGUUUGUGAAAGGGCUUACCCUUUUUCCUCAUUCAACCUGCUUUUGGAACUGUACUUUUCACUGCUGGGAGCAAAGGUCUGUUUGUAGCAAAGCCAAGGGUUUUACCAGGAAAAACAGCUCCAGGCUAAAAGAGAGCUUCUGUUGAAUUAUGUUGCCAUCCUGAGGAUGAUCGCACUAAGAGACUAAAACCCGAAACAGGUUGAUCAGUGAAGUAUAAAGGGUAUUGUGAGGUCGUAUGUAGUGCGAGACAAUUAAUGAAACAGAAAAUGACAAUAUAUAUAUAUCAUAAAAUAAACCCAACAGA